AAAAAACAUUUUCUGAAUCUAACUUGACCGCAGUGAUAACAUAAUCAAGUAAUUAUAGUCAAUAAUGUCCCAUCAUUUCUUUAUCACUCCGCGUCCUGGAAACGGCCCCUCGCUACGUCAUCGCCGCAGCGUUAUCAACGCUGACGCAGCAAACGCGUGCUUUAGUACAACAGGACACGCGCGGUGCCGGACACCCUGUUGUUUGUGGUAUAAGGAGACGCGCACAUCAUUACUAUCACACAACCUGCGCCGGGCCAGAAACACAACGUUUGUUCCGCUUAAAUCUGAUUAUUAGGAGACACGGAUUGUGACGUCAGGGUUUAGGACGUCAUGCAAAGCAGACGAGCGCUCAGGACGCGACAGACCAUCUGCUCUCCUCCACCAGUAUGAAGGAAACCUGAAGGAAGGACAGACCUCAGCAUGGCCUCUUAUCUGGAGAUAGCUGAUGACAGCAAGGGACACGAACUGGAUCUUUUCUGUGUCCCGAAACACUACGAGGAGGAUUUGGACAGUGUCAUAAUACCCAACGGACUCAUCAAAGACCGGACUGAAAGGUUGGCCAGAGAUAUUGUUCGGGACAUGGGCGGGCAUCACAUUGUGGCUCUGUGUGUUCUGAAGGGAGGGUAUAAGUUCUUUGCCGACUUAAUGGAUUACAUCAAGACACUGAAUCAAAACAUUGACAAGUCUUUACCGUUGACCGUGGAUUUCAUUAGACUAAAGAGCUACUCCAACGACCAGUCAACCAACUGUGUCAAAGUUAUUGGUGGAGAUGAAUUGUCUGCUCUUACGGGAAAAAACGUGCUCAUAGUCGAGGACAUCGUAGAGACAGGAAAAACCAUGGAAACGCUGCUUAAACUAUUAAACGAAUGUCAUCCUAAAAUGGUAAAAGUCGCCAGCUUACUUGUCAAAAGGACACCCAGGAGCUCAGGAUACCGACCUGACUAUAUUGGGUUUGAAGUUCCUGACAAGUUCCUGGUAGGAUAUGCUUUAGACUACAAUGAAUACUUCAGAGAUCUGAGUCAUAUCUGUGUAUUAAGUGACCAUGCAAAAGAGAAGUAUAAAGUAUGAUACGACACCAAAGUGCUGGAAGCAUGAAGACGAAGAACACUGUGAACCCUUUGCUAUCUUUGGUUGUAAAUUGAAUUCAUUUUUGUACCUGUGAUCAGAAAUUAGGAGUGAACUCAUGCAACACAGAGCUUCACAGGUGUACGAUCACACUUAUAGUGAAACUUUGUUUAUUUAUUUUUUAUUUGCUGGGUAUAGUCAUGGACGGAGCUCUUUACUUUUUCUCCAUGUGAUGAACUGAGGCCUUUUAUUGAAUUUAUUGUAUAUUUUAUGAUUCAAGUAAAUAGAUUGGUUAAUACAAUUGGGUAAAGAAUUGUUUGGUAAAUAUUUCUGAUUUAUUCUUUAUAUAUAACCCCAGAAUGAACCUAUGCACUAAAACCAUUAAUUGGGGAGUAGAUAUUGAUGAGCUGUUUGUGCAACAAUAAAAUGACACUAACAUGAA